AUCAGAAAACACACUUUUAAAGCAGAUGAAACCUAUCCAGAAGUGGCGAAACGUCGUAAAUCUUCGCGAUAAAAGACACAAAUACUUAAAUGGAAUGAUUAUUGUGUUCCCAUGCAUUGUCAUUUGGCGUUGUAUUCUUCCACGAUGACCUGUGCGCCCACGGAGGCUCUUUAUCUCGCUAAUCCAUAACACGUGGCAGCUCGACCCGCUGACACAGGUGCAUUCAGCGUGAAGGACUUCUCCUUUUUGUUUGUUUCCCCGUGGAAAGGCAUUUGUCACGAGUGUGUUUGCAGCGCUGUCGUCUUUAAUUGCCCUUUUCCUUUUCCACUUCUACUGGCCUUGAACUCCUCUUCUGCUCUUAAACGCGUAAAAAAAAAAACCCAAAAAAACAAAACAAAACAAAAACAAAAACGAACGGGACAUAAGUGCAGCAGCACCAAAUAUCGAGGAUAAUCAUGCUAAAUUUGGUUGUUUGGUUUGCACCACGACCAAGUGAAUAGUCUGCCUGAUGAGCUCUAUAAAUGACAAUAAAAGGAUACUUAUGUGGCGUUGCGUUUGGCACUAAGUGGAGGAGGUGGGCCGGGCUGACUCAACUUCUCACUCCAGCCCAGAAAGACCGUUAGUCCCCUUGCAGCUCAAUCUCCGAGGACGCAAUUUGGUGCCUGGAGACCGAGGCGAAUGCGUCCAUUUGAUUGGGCGAGCAACAUGAAGCGGCGCCACGGACCGGGAGAAUGUGGCCUUUAUAUGAGCCCCAAAUGGCUGCAAACACAAGCGGAGGGAUGAAGACGCACGCCGAGAGAAGAAGCGUCUGCGGUGCCGUGCGUCGCACUGGCGUCCCACAUCCUGUCGAAAAGGAUAAAGCGCCCAGAAGCAGCAGCCCACUCACGGUUUAUGUGGCGCUGCCCUGCAACAUUGAGCAAGGUUGGCAAGCCUUUCCAACAAUUGCAUGGGACGAUUUAGAAGACUGCGCCACAAGAGAGAGCGACUCACUCGGCUCACAGGUGAAUGAAUCUGAUGGAGAUGAGCGAGACUUUGGGGAUUUUGCACUGGAUUUUAUGGCGGAUUCUUCGGUCAAUCUGGAGAGCAGCCUGUCCCCUGCAGAGCUGGUCCCCUUUCAGGGCUGCGUCAUACCCCCCCUCACCCCUCAGCAUGUCUUCUCUCCAGAGGACGGCCUCACGCUUCCCAAUUCUUCCUGCGCACAUGCCCAGGAUGGUGCGCUUUGGACGGGCAUCAGCAUGUGUCAAGCCAGGAUGGAAUGUGCUAUGGAAGUUAAUCACGAGCAGGUGCCCAACACUUUGCACAGAAGACAAAGUGACCCAUCUGAAGAGAGGAACCUUCACCUGAGGCAGCUCGCGUGCCGAGCAAAGCUUCUGGCCUCUGUCCUGGAGAAACUAAUGGCAGUCAGAGAGCCAGAAAUCAACGAACCGGCGAGGCCUCGCGAAGGUCAAUCCACGAGCCCCUGCAAGAGGCAGCGACUGAAUGACAGAUGCGAGUCCUCCGACUCCGUGGAGGAGAUGCUGAGAGACGUCAGCACGCGCUGCAAUGCCGUGCUGCACGCCACAACCGGCGGGAGGGCGCCACCACAGGAUUCGGACACUGUCCCCAUGUAUGGGUCAUUCCCGGGCCUGCAGACCUCCAUAUGCAAGGAAAGAAGCAGCGAGGUGGAAGAGGACAUGUUGUCUUUCCGCACGUCUUUGAGAGAGCACAGCAGUAUAAGGACACGUGUGUUCCCUCAAGGCCGGGCCUUCACCUCGGGCACCCGACAAGGAGGAUACCGCUUCCGCUGGGUUCCCAACCACAGUUGAAAGCGCCAAAAAAAAAAAAAAAGAAAAGCACAACUGUAAAGGAAGUGUGGGUGGGCAAAUAACGUUAAUGCUUAACUUUUAAUCUCCAGUGAUAUCGGUAAAUGAUUACAUGAUGUCUUCCUCAGGUAGCUUGAAAACUAAUCACUCACAGGACAUAACACUGCCUUAGCAUUUGUUUACAUUGUGAUGCUGUUUACAUACUUCCAAUUGUAAUUAUCUCAAGUCAUUUUGUCAACAUUUGCAUUGCUUUUUUGUUAUUUUGCAUUGCUUUUUUUGUUAUUUUGUGGUUCGGAGAAUCCACUUGAACGCCGGAUGGGAUUUUAUUGUGAAACAAGGGACUUAGGAAAUGUAAAUAAAUGAUUUGUGUGCUAACUUUGCCUGUUUGAGCAGUAAUACAAAUGUAACCUGG